AUGAACGACUUGAUAAUCAUCACCAGCCUCUGGGUCUUUGUGGCAAAGCAAGAGCAUCUGUGGCUGAAGAACAACACCCACGGAAGCAUGCAAGAGGUGUCUUUUUUGGCAUACGUCCGUAGCACUACGAAUAUCAGAUGGCGCAAUACUCUGAGUCUCUAUUCUUUGACCCAGAGCCCGGGCGGUCUCGACGACGGCGCCAACGCUACCGGUCGAGAUUGUCGUGAAACAGACCUGACAACUGAGCGGCGGUCGCUCACCACGGAGGUGUGUCCCAGUUGGGAAAAUGCUAGUCGCUCCUCCGAAAGGCAAAACGGAAUCACAGCAGCGAUGAGCACCACAGGUGUGUCAGGCAAAGGUUGGACUUUAAGAGCUGGGCCGGGUGCGGCACAGGGGGGCUGCUAUUGCUCAUCUUUGGCAUUCCUCCGCGGAUUGUCCACCUUCUACCCCCAUUCAGAGUUUGUCUCUGAGCAGCGGCUUUUCCGGACCGGUUGUGGAUCGACCAUCGUCUGUUCUGGCCUGCCUGUUCACAAUUCCACCGCCCUGCUUGUGGUGAGCUCCGGAUGUGCCAGGCACGGAACGGCACAAGUAGGCGGCUUGAGCAUCAGCCAGUUGCAGGUACUGUUCGACACGGUUUUGGCAGAGGGUGCAGUAGUGAAGGCUGACCGUGAGGUACCUGAAUGGAGUACUGGUCAGCCCCGCGUAAGAAACAGAGUUUUGAUCCAAAACCUAGACAGCUUGUGUGGCUUCCACAUGGUUAUCAUUUUUGGAAACCCCAUCUCACUCAUUGCUGACAACGACCGACGACAAAAGUCAGAAAGAAGGGCUCUGCUCCGUGGAAAACCGGGGCGAGUCAGGAUUCGACGGCCCACCGGUUCCCACCUGUUCCACCGAGGACAAGCAGGAACCAACAGUGCCACGGCAGACGCGGCGGUGAACCGAAUUCCAUCAUUGAGCAACCCACUCGGACUGAGCAAUGAGAACCAACCCUCGUCCGUUACUGAGGUGGCCAGUAAACUCUAUGCUCCCUCAGCUCUCGAGUGCGGAGAGUUGACGGAAGACAUCACCGUCAGGACCCACGCAAGAUGCCGUGGCACCGUUCCGCACUUCGAUUUCCGCUCACGGGGUAGAGAUUCGUCUCAAGGGUCUGGAUGGCUCUACAGACUUCGGGAGAUUGUGGGCGGGUCGGCUUCGACGGGAAGCACAUCGCGGCCACCGACCAAAGCUCUCACCAUCGCGUGGCCAGGCCCGGUCAACCAGCCUUCGAUCGGCCACAUUCCGUUUAAAGCCGUGGCCGUGCCGGAGACCUGCGUCACCUUAUCAAUCUGGGAUAUCAUGACCGGCUGGGAAUCCCCUCGCGGAGUCGGUCCAACUAAGGCAGUAGCUCGGCCGUGGGGUUUUGACGUUUGGUGCUCAACCACAGCCCUCCCGGAAGAACAUUCAGUAGCGCUGUUUGCUACAUGCGCUUGGACAACGCUUUGCUCCUCGCUUGUCUUGCAUCCGCUGUAUGUCAACAACAACUCUUUCAUCCGUUCCAGUCUCCACGCCAAGGCCAUCUCCGGGCCCUUGACUUCGGGCAUGACGUUUCGACGAUGGCAAGAUUCAGCAAAACUUUGGAUCAUUCCCACACACUCGGGAUGCCGUCUGUUGGUCAUCAUGCCGUUCACAUCCGGUACCAUUUUGUAUCGAAGCAAAUUCUAUUCAGCCAAGCCAACUGUAUUAUACAAUUAUCGGCACAAAGUUUACAACCUUUGCGGAAUGCUGUUGGAUGCUGCCAUGCUGGUCUAA